CGGGAGUUUGGCAGCACCUCAGAUAUUCCUCCAGAUGUCAUAAUUUGCUUUCGUUUCAACCGUGAACUUCUAUCGUGAUUCAAUAGUGGUUCGUUAAAUUACUCUAAAUCUGCUUUUUAUCAGAUGAUGAAUUUCAAAGAUGGAGUUUGAGGAAGAACCCUUCAGAAUAAAAGAUGAAGAGACAGCAGAACCAACAGACCCAGCGGAAGUGAAUAAAGACCAACAGCACAAACCUUAUCAUUUCACAAAUGAAGAUGGAAACACAGUCGUUUCAAAGACUGAAAAGAAUUUCACACAAAAACGAGCUCCAAAAACUGGAGUCAAAGGAUCUUUCACCUGCUCUGAGUGUGGAAAGAGUUGCACAUGUAAAUCAGAGCUUAAGAUACACAUGCGAAUUCACACUGGAGAGAGGCCUUAUACAUGCACUCAGUGUGGAAACAGUUUCGUUCGGAAAGAACACCUAAAUGUGCACAUGAGAAUUCACACUAGAGAAAGACCGUUCACAUGCACUCAGUGUGGAAAGAGAUUCACAUCCAAAAGUAUUCUCAAAAAUCAUCUGCGCUCUCACUCUGGAGUGAGAUCAUUCAGCUGUGAUCAGUGUGAUAAAACAUUUGUUCUGGAAUCAAGCUUAAAAACACACCUUACAAUUCACGCUGCUGUGAAGCCUCACUUUUGUUUUUUAUGUGGAAAGAGUUUUACACUAUUUAAGUCUUUAAAAGAGCAUGAGAGUAUUCAUACUGGUGUAAAACCAUAUAUGUGUUUUAACUGUGGGAAGACCUUCACUACAUUGCGCACCUUAAUAAAACACCAGAGAAUUCAUACUGGAGAGAAACCGUACAAGUGCUCACACUGUGGAAAGAGUUUCUCUCAGUCAGGACACCUGAAAACGCACAAGAGAGUCCAUACUGGAGAGAAGCCGCACCAGUGCUCUUCAUGUGGGAAGAGUUUCGCCUGCUCCUCUAAUCUACUGAAACAUAAGAAAAAGCAUUGCCUGAAUUUUCCUAAAUAAGCAAAGUUAAUUUUCAAAUGCAUAAUUUUUUAUGUAAAUAGUUAGAUUUUCUGAUAAAAAAAAAAAAAAAAAAAGGGAUUGCUUGCAACAGAGAGAUAUCUGAGAG